CAAAUGCCCACAACCCACACCAUCUCCACCAUUAGAUCCAGCAGGAGGAGGAGGAGCCAGAAGCUAUCCCCUCUCAGAUGGAGCACCAGCAGCAGCCAGACCCACGUCCUCCAUCUCUGCCUUUAUGGCUAUGCUCGCUCGCUCGCCUUCUCCAUGCCGCAGCUGGCCCAAUACAGGAUUUUUAUUUCGGGGAAGAGAAGCAAAAAGGAAGGUGUAAAGCCGCUGAGAGAUAAAGAAGCGAAGGGUGGAGAUAGAUUGAUAUAGGGAUAGCUGUCUCGAGAGGAGCCGUGGUCUUCUUGCAAAUGGACUGCCUCAUCUCCCUCGCUCACACCAAUCCAACAUCUUAUGGGCGCCCGCCCCUCAAAAAAAUUAUCCUUUUGAUCGAGCAAAUCCAGUUUGAUCUUGUGGAAUUUUAUGGGUUGAUUUAGAGGGGAAUUCCCUAGUCAGAUCUUCGAGGAGAGAGAGCGCACCUUGGUUUCUCUCUCUAUCCGCGACAAACUGCUUGGUCCUUAUCCAUCUGUUAUCUUUAUUACCUGCUCUUUCUGAAUAGAUCCGUUCUAUUCCGCUUGUGAGUUCGUCUUUGUCGGCCCGCUUUAGGGUUUGCUUCCUUUCCCUUUUGUCGCCGCUUCUAUCCGUGAGACCGAGGCGAGGAUGGGGAAAAAGGCGAGGAGGGCGAUCGUGGAUGCGUCACCGGCCGUGGAUUGUUGUCGAGUUGGGAAGGAUACCAUUGAUAGGGGAAGAUUCAAGCGUCAGUACCUGAUGCAGGACUACGAGGAGUUGAAAAAGGAGUCUGAAGCAAAGAAGAAACAGUUAGAACUGAUAAAACAGAAGAAGCGAAGACUCAUGAAUGAAGUCAAAAUCCUUGGAAAGAAAUACCUGUCCUUUUUGGAAAAUCCAUCACAAACAACCCUUUUCGGAAUCAAAAAGCAAUUUAAUCAAUUGUCAUCAUCUUCUGCUUGCAAUAAUCUACCAUUAUAUGCCCUUGGUGAAGUGAAAAAUCAGAAAGUAACUGAAGCAGCAAAACCCAGCACUACUACACUGCUAGAUCUGAAUCAAUUCUCGCACCUGGAUGAUGAAUCUCAUAUGGAGUCUUUGAAACUUGAAGUUUAGAACGAGUAUGCAGUGAGCCAAGGACCAGAUAGUCAAACGUUUGCAAUAUGUAGAGAUGCACAGAAAAACUCAAGCAGGGCGUGCAGGAGAAAAGCUACAUGGCAGGACCCAGCAAUUCUUAAGGUUUAAAUUUUUGUUGUGUUCUGUAAUUAGUAUGUAAAAAGAUAAGUUCAAAUGGAUGUGAACUCGAUUACCCUUUCACUUAUUUGCAAUUGAGCCAUUGGUGGAUGAUCAGGUUGAUGAUGA